AUGGCGACCUCCCGCCUCCUCAGACCAGCAAACCUUAGGCCAACAAAUCUCCUCACCAAACGCACAUUAUCAACCUCACCCUUCGCGCCCCGGCAUUUACUAAGCAUAGCCGACCUCACCCCCCAAGAACUAACAAAACUCAUCCUCAACGCCGCCUCCCACAAAACCAGCAUAAAAUCCGCCGCCGGAAUCUCAAAUUCCUCUUUCCAACUCCAAGAUGCGCUCAAAGGCCAAAACAUCGCCCUCAUGUUCACCAAGCGCAGCACCCGCACCCGCGUCUCCACCGAAUCCGCCGUCACACUCCUAGGCGGCCAUCCCAUGUUCCUCGGAUCCCAGGAUAUCCAGUUGGGAGUCAAUGAGUCGCUUAUGACCUCCGCCAUCGUCGCCCGAGUAGACGCUCAUGAGGAUGUGGCGAGUUUGGCGAAGUAUUCGUCGGUGCCGGUUAUCAAUGCGUUGAGUGAUGGGUUUCAUCCGCUGCAGACUAUUGCAGAUUUCUUGACUGUUCACGAGGCGUUCCCUUCUUCUCAGGGAGGGAAGGGGGGUUUGGGGUUGGAGGGGCUGAAGAUUGCGUGGGUGGGGGAUGCGAAUAACGUGCUUUAUGACCUUGCUAUCGGAGCCGCGAAGCUCGGUGUUCAGAUUUCUGUGGCGACGCCGAAGGGGUAUGGGAUCCCGGCGGAGUUUAGGGAGAUUAUUACUUCUGCUUCCAUUUCAUCGGUUCUAACAGAAACCAACGUGCCGGAGGAGGCUGUCAAGAACGCCGAUAUAAUCGUCACCGAUACUUGGGUCUCGAUGGGACAGGAACAAGAAAAGGCUAAACGGCUCAAGGAUUUCGCCGGGUUUCAGGUCACGAAGGAACUGGCGCAACGUGGCGGAGCGAAGGAGGGGUGGAGAUUCAUGCAUUGCUUGCCGCGGAAACCGGAGGAGGUCAGUGAUGAGGUGUUCUAUUCGCCUGCUUCGCUCGUGUUUCCCGAGGCGGAGAAUCGGCUUUGGAGUGCUUUGGCUGUUUUGGAGGGGUUUGUUGUUAAUAAAGGGAAGAUUGUUUGA